AUCUUCUCACAAUCAGCUAAAAGACCGCAGAGAAAUCUAGUAAGUAAGAAAAGCCCUCUUCGUCUGCAUCUGCUUGUUGCGAAUAGCUGAAAGGAAAAAUUAUGGGUUCAAAAGGCGAAAUUUUGAGCCUGUGCCGUUCACUUCUACGGACAGCUCGACAAUUCAGCGAUUACAACAUCAGGGAAUAUACAAAGCGCCGCACAAUUGAUGCUUUCCGAGAAAAUCGGAACCUGACCGAUCCUUCUUCCAUCUCCGCCGCUUUCUCCGACGGCAAGGCUCAGCUUGACGUCGCUAAACGACAGGUCGUUGUAUAUUCUCUUUAUGCCCCUAAAAUUAAGAGCGUCAUGGAGACCAAAUCGUCUCCUUCUGCUUUUAAAUAAUCAGAGUUCUUUUUUCUGUUUGUAUUUGAUAAUUUUGAUAUAAUGAAUUGAAUCACAAUUAGUUUUUUCGCAAUGUUUUCAUUAUGAGGGAUUUUAUGUAUUGAUUGUGUUAAUUAUUAUUAUUAUUUUU